UACAGUUUGUAAAUAGAAGAAUGCUGUGUCUAUGUGUGUCUUCAUUUGUGGUUGCUAAUGAUCGAUACAGCCACACUAUAACAAGCAUGGUUUCAGUUUUCAACUUCUGUUCGGUGUAUAUGGCUACGUACUACUAUAACCUACAUGCAGUGUAGUUCUGAGUGAAGAAUAAAAUAUCAAUCAUUAUACUCUAGACGUGGACAGAUAGUAUAAUGGCUACAAUCGGUUCUGGAUCAGCAACCCAUCUCAUCGGAGCAGCCUCUGCAAUCGUAGCUACUCUUCUCUACCUAAACUCUCUCAAUGGAGAUCUAGUGUUCGAUGACACGGUCGCCAUAAAAACAAACGCUGACCUUCGACCCUCGUCACCCUGGACUGACAUACUCUGGCAUGAUUUCUGGGGAUACAAAAUAACAGAUGAUACCAGUCAUAAAUCGUACCGUCCUCUCUGUUCCGCUACAUUUAAGAUGAACUUUCAUUUACACAAUCUAGAACCUAUGGGGUACCACCUGGUGAAUGUGGCCAUCAAUGCGUUAGUGUGCUACUUGUUUGCCCUUGUGAGUGCGCGUGUGUUUGAGGGUCGGCUGUUACCCACCCUCCUGUCUUCACUUCUCUAUACUGUUCAUCCCAUCCACACUGAGGCGGUAGCUGGUGUGGUGGGGAGAGCUGAGCUAAUGUGUGCAGCAUUUUGUUUGCUGGCUCUACUGGUGCAUGCCAUGAUGGACAAGAAGGGAUGGAAACAGAUAAUCGUCAUGGCAAUUUUGUGUCUGGCAUCUUUCCUUAGCAAGGAGCAGGGAAUCAUGGCUGCUUCAGCCUGUCUUGCUUAUGACGUUCUUAUCAUACAUAAGCUGGAUCUUAAGGCCAUAUUGGGCCUGCUGAAAUCAAAGCCACGUACUCAGGAGAGGAAGUUACUAAGCAGAGCUGUUAUUCUUGGUGUUUUCUCACUCUGCCUGCUCCUGACUAGAGUACUGAUUGCGCAGGGGAGUCCAAAGUUUUCUCGAUCGGACCAGCCUGGCCAGAAACUGUCCACACCUUAUCGUCAGUUUUAUUACCUCUAUUUGACGCUAGUUAACGCCCAGCUGUUACUCUUCCCAUCUAUGCUCCGACAAGACUACCGAUUUGGCUACAUCCCCCUCAUCGAAUCUCUAUCUGACUAUCGCCUCAUUUUAACUCUGAUAUUCUUCAUUUCCCUUUUCGUGUUUGGAUUGAUUGUGCUUACUAGGAGAAGAUCAUACUCGAACUCGGCAUGUUUUUCUCUUGCCUUAAUUAUACUCUUCUUUCUACCUUCGAGCAAUCUGUUUGUGAAAGUUGGGUUCGUUGUUGCUGAAAGAGUAUUGUACGUACCUAGUAUGGGAGCCUGCCUGUUGGUUGGUCUAGGAGCAUCGUACUUGUUUCGGUCCGGGAAUCGAAUUGUAAGAAUGGUUUCAAAGUUUGGAAUUGGACUUCUGAUCAUUUCCUACUCUGCUAAGACAUUUCACAGGAGUAGUGUUUGGAAUACUGGAAUGGGACUUUACGUUGAGGCGUUAAAACAGUAUCCCAAUGAUGCUCUUAUGCUGAGCAACCUAGCUUAUGUGUUUACAGCUAAAAACGACACGGCAAUGGCGGAACAGAUUGAACUGUAUGCAAUCAAGACGAACCCUAAGUUUGUCCAACCGUACAGGAACUACGGCUCACUGCUUCAGGGGCAGCAGAGAUACAAGGAAGCAGAACAAAUGUACAGGAAAGCUAUAGAACUUUCAGGACCUGUGAUACGAAAAUACCAACAAACAGCUGAAACCUACAAGUCGUUGGCUGAAGUUAUCAGCGUAGAUGAGACGAGAUACCAUGAGAGCUUGCACGUGAUUGAUAAAUUAGUGUCAAUAGCUCAUAACAACCCGUUGGCACAUUUUGAAAGAGGGAGGUAUCUACUGAAACUUAACAAAACGGAGGAAGCAGAUCGUGCUUUACGAAGAAAUGUCCAAGCAUCUUCCGACAAAGCGACUGCUCUUUUGGAGAUUGGGAAGUUGUAUUUGAGUGAAAAUCUUGUUAAUAAAGCAGCUGAAACAUUUCGAGAAGGAGUGGACAAGUAUCCCAAGUAUGGCUAUUUAAUGUUGGAGCUAGGAUGUCUGAUAGCAACCAAUACGACGGUUGUUCUGGAAGACCUUAAGCUGGCUAUUCGAUACUUGAAGGCUAUUGUGAGAGCAGACCCCACCUACGAACGAGCUCACUUCCAUCUUGGUCUGAUAUACAUCAAGCUGAAUAAAUUGCAACAAGCAAGAGAUUUCUUCGAAACAACUCUCCAGCUAAAUUCAACGCACACAGAUGCUGCAAUUUUGGUUAGCUAUACUCAAUAUGUGGCAGAAAAUUACACUGGAGUUGUGAAUGUAUUAUCAACUAUUUCCCUCGACGACAUGAUCGAUAGCAGUUACUUUGAUGUGAUCAGUCUCCUUGGCAACUCGUACAUAGGCUUGGGCAUGUACGAUCAAGCGCAGGAACUCUAUGACAGUGUGCUAAGCAGAGACGCUGAGAAUCUGGGUGCUUUGAAUGGAUUAGGUGCCCUUCGAGCGAAACAAAACAACAUCAAUGAAUCGAUGGAUUACUUUAAAAGAGUUCUCAGUCUAGACAGUGGAAACAAACAAGCAUUAAACUUUCUCAGAACUCUCAAGUAAUCAUUAUAAUUUUUAUUGAUCAGUCUAAUAGUUUUUAAUAUAAUAGAGUGAAUUUUGUAAUUGUUUACACAGAAAGUUUGUAUACGUAUAAUUAUACGAGCACAUGCAAAGAUGAUCAACAUUUGUUAU